AUGGACUCUAAUAAUAAGAACAACAAGAAGAGUGAACAAUUAGAAGACAUCUGGGCUAAUUGGUUUUCUGGGUUUGAACCAGAAUCUGUGGUGUUUUGUGGAUUUGGAAGCCAGUGGGUGCUUGAAAAGGACCAAUUUCAAGAGCUUGUGUUAGGAUUUGAGCUAACUGGGCUGCCAUUUUUUGUAGCUCUAAAACCACCUGUGGGUUGUGCUACGAUUGAAGAGGCAUUGCCACAAGGGUUUGAAGAGAGAGUUAAAGGGAGAGGGGUGGUGUUUGGUGGUUGGUCUUUGGUGACUAACAAUCAGAUUGUGCUGGUUCCACACGGUGCUGACCAUAUAUUAAACACCAAGAUACUGGUUAAAGAUCUCAAAGUUGCUGUGGAGGUAGAGAGAGAAGAAAAUGGAUGGUUUUCGAAAGAGAGCUUGAGCAAAGCCAUUACAACCGUUAUGGAUAAAGACAAUGAAGUGGGUGUUAUGGUGAAGAAGAACCAUGCAAAGUGGAGGGAAACACUAUCAACUCCCGGGUUUAUGGAUGGCUAUAUUGAUAGGUUUGUUCAGAAGCUGAAAGAGCUUGUAAACUAA